AUGGCUACCCCUAGUAUCCUCGCUUUUGAAGCUGAGGGUCGGGCCAUUGACUUUGACGUCUGGGUAGAUGACAUGCAGCUUUUCCUACAGUGCGAUAGGGCAGACGGUCUCUCCCUCUUUGACCUCACCUCUGGUGCCUCUCCUGCCCCUGCUGCUGAUGCUGACGCCUCUGUUCGCUCACAGUGGGCCACACGCGAUGCUGCUGCACGUCUUGCUAUGCGUCGCCACCUGCCUACCUCUGAGCGUGCGCACUUUAGCCAGUACAAGAGUGCUCAGACCCUGUACGACGCUGUAGUUGCGCGCUACUCCUCCCCUGCAACUGCUGCACUGAGCCGCCUCAUGCUACCGUACCUCUUCCCUGACCUUGCUGCCUUUUCCACAGUCGCUGACCUCAUUACGCACCUCCGCACUAGUGACACUCGCUACCGCGCUGCGCUUCUUGCUGAGGACCACUUCCUCUCAGUUUGCCCCACCACUCUCACCGUUGACCUCCUCGAGAAGGCCCUCCUAGCAGCUGAGAAGAGCAUAGACGUUGUAGGAGCCUCUCGUGGUGACCCUCGCAUCCCCGUCUUUGAGGGGUGUUCCCCCUCCCCCCUUUUGCCCUCUGUUGCCUCUGCUGCUGCAGCCGACCUCGUUGGUUUCGAGUCGGUUGGCGCUGCGUCUGCCCCGAGCGGGAGACGCCGCACCGGCAAAGGCAAGGGGUGCAAGGGUGCUGGAGGGGCGGGCGGGGGUGGCGGAGGUGGCGGUGGAGGAAGUGGAGGGGGUGGGGGUGGUGGUGGGAGUGGUGGCGGGGGUGGAGGUGUCGGUGGCGGCAGUGGAGGCGGAGGCGGCGGCGGCGGUGGCGUUGGGAGCGGAGGUGGCGGAGGUGGCGGCGGUGGAGGAGGCGGCGACGGAGGAGGUGGAGCUGGUCGGGGUGGCGCUGCGCAGAGGGUCGCCUCUGGUGGGGGUCAGCACCAGCAGCAGCAGCAGCAGCAGCGCACCUCGUGA